GGCGUCUCUCCCUCCCGAGUCUUUGGCUUUCUCUUCUUCCAAACAGUUCGAACAUACACUUCAGCCCACGCACAGCUCACCCGAUUUUGGUUGAGAUUUUAGAUAAACUGAAGCACCCUUCGACUAUUCUCUUCUGGCGACGAGGAGCCCUCUUCCUCCCCUCGUCGCUAGAUCUCUUGCCCAUCGCCUCGGGAGCACGCCCCUCGCCGGACGCGUCGCUCCAGCCUUCAGCAAUAUGGUCACAACCGCCGGAUCUUACUCGCCUGCAGCCAGCGCGGCUGCGGGCUCAAGCCAACACUCCUGGGAGGAAGGGGAGAUCGCCUUCCUCCGCGCGGCCACCAACUUCUCGGCCGCCGACAGAGCCUCGCUGAUCAAGGGGUCAGCAGGCAAAAAGAAGGGAUGCCUGCCGGUAGGGGCAACAGGACAUCCCGUCAUCAUUCUCCAACGCAGCGGCGCCGAGGUUCUCAUCACCACGGUCUCGUCAUACGGCUGGACCCACAGACAGCUUCCCCCCUGGCAGCAAGCUUGCCACAAGGGGAAGGCGCGAGAUGACUUCCGGGCCUUCGCAGGCAGCGAACGGCCCAACGGCCGAGACGUGCUGCUCCUUCGACCGGGGCAGCGGUUCCCCAUGGCUAAGGCCAGUUGGGUCUACGCCCAGUCCGCCUACGUCGUGCCACUCAGCGUCAUCGGGCGGUUCGACAAGGUAAAGGGACGCGUGCUCCGUAUGACCGACGAGAGCCUCCGUGACCUUUGCGCCCACAUGGAGACCUCGUGCCCCACGUGGCGCGGUUGCCAGGCCCGCCUCAGCGCCGCCACCACCAACAACGUCUUCGCGCCGCCGCCCAAGCUUGCCUUGUUCCCCGCGCUGCUUCCGCUCUCCACGCCGCCUGCUCCGUGUGGAGGCGCGUGGACGUCCCACUGGGCGAACCCCGUCGCUGUCACCUACACCCACCGCGGCCACCAUCGCCACUGCCAGCUCGGCCAACGUGGUUUUUAG